UGUAAAUCUGUCAUAACACUCAAACCCAACGGGGGAGGUGCCCCAAGCACUUUCAGUAAAAACAGAAAAUAUUAUGUUACUGGCUGAAGGGAAAAAAAAGUGUUUAAGUAAAAAGCUGCAGGACGGAGUUGUUUGGACGUUGUGGAAGUUUUCUUGUGGGUAUCUGACAUCGCGCCUCCGGUGUGUUUGUGACUUUCUUCUGACGCAUGUUGUAGGCUACAUAAAUGAGAGUUUGAAUGCCAUCUAGUUAACACAAAACAGCAGGCGCCAUGAACAGACAGAUUUUUCAGAUAUGUGGUCAAAUCACAUUAACCCUUCUGCUGACGACUAUCCCAGUUGUUCAGAGUGGGAAGGUUCUUGUCUUUCCUGUGGAUGGCAGUCACUGGGUCAACAUGAAUAUUUUGGUUGAAGCACUUCAUGCCAAAGGUCAUAAUGUUACAGUCAUUCGGAUGCCAGACAGCUGGUACAUCAAAGAAUUCUCUCCUCACUACACAUCAAUCACUCUGAAUUCCCCUGGAGGAUUUGAUGAACAAUUCAUUGAAACAUUUGCAUCCAGACUUAUGGAGAUUCUGAGGGAAGGUUCCACAUGGGCUCGUCUGAAGCUGGAGAUAGAGAUGUGGGAAAAUAUUUCAAAGAUGUUUAAAGUAGAAAGUGAGAUGAUAAUCAGCAUGUUUGAAGACCAGCAGCUAAUGCAGUCCUUAAAAGAUGCCAAAUAUGAUUUGAUUCUUACAGAUCCCGUGAAGUUUGGAGGCAUUCUGUUGAGUCAUUAUCUCAAACUGCCCAUUGUCUACAAUGUCCGUUGGACUGUUUACAAUGAGGGUCAUUUUGCAAUAGCUCCUUCUCCACUUUCUUAUGUUCCUUUACCAAUGCUGGAGUUAUCAGACCGCAUGAGCUUUUUGGAAAGAGUGAAGAAUGUUUUGAUGUCCAUCAUAACUGAAACACAAGUUGCUUUUAUGAUUGCUCCAAAUUAUAAUGCACUUUGUGAACGCUUUGUUGGUCCCGGAGUAUCUUUCUUUACCUUAGUUCAGAGUGCUGAUCUGUGGCUCCAUAGAGCUGAUUUUAUUUUUGAAUUCCCACGUCCCACUAUGCCAAACAUCGUCUACAUGGGAGGUUUUCAGUGCAAGCCAUCAAAGCCUCUUCCACAAGAUCUGGAGGACUUUGUUCAGAGCUCUGGAGAGCAUGGUGUCAUCAUCAUGUCUCUGGGCACUCUCAUUGGUCAGCUUCCUGAUGAUGUGGCAGAGGCAAUUGCUGAAGCUUUUGCAGAACUUCCACAGAAGAUCAUCUGGAGGUACAAAGGAAAGAGACCAUCUGCACUAGGGAACAACACCUUAAUGAUGGACUGGAUGCCUCAGAAUGAUCUUCUGGGUCAUCCUAAGACCAGAGCCUUUGUGGCACACGGAGGAACCAAUGGAAUUCAAGAAGCCAUCUACCACGGGGUACCAAUCAUUGGAUUUGGGCUGAUUUUUGACCAGCCUGAUAAUCUUGCAAAGAUGAGAGUAAAGGGUGUAGCCAAGACUGUAGACUUCGCCACAGUGGAUAAGGACUCCUUCCUUAAAACUGUCAGAGAGGUCAUUUAUGAGCCCUCUUAUCGGGAGAACAUGCAGAGGCUCUCAAGGCUUCACAAGGACGUCCCAGUGAAGCCUCUGGACAACGCCAUCUUCUGGAUUGAGUUUGUUAUGAGGCACAAAGGUGCCGCUCACUUGCGCACAGAGUCUUACAAAAUGCCCUGGUACUCUUAUCACUCUGUUGAUGUCAUACUGUUCCUGCUUUCUGCUGUGGCACUCAUAAUCAUGACCAUAUAUGCAGUUAUCAGAUAUUUCUGUUGUAGAAUAUGCAUGAGAAAGACAAAAAGCAAAAGAGAAUGAUUUUUAAUUAAAUUGACACAAUGUGUGUAUUCUAUUUAGGAUUAGAAUCUCUGUAGCUGUAUCUGUUCCUGUUAGACUAUAUUCAAACCUGUUUUUAGUCAAUAAACGGGUCAAUCUCUUAAAGGGUCAGUUCACCCAAAAAUGAAAAUUCGUCAUCAUUUACUCACCCUUAUGUCGUUCCAAACCUGUAAGACUUUCGUUCAUCUUCGAAACACAAAUGAAGAUAUUUUUUAAUGAAAUCUGAGCAAUUUCUGUCCUUUCUGUUCUCCAUAGACAGCUACGCAACUACCACUUUGACGCUUCAAAAAGUUCAUAAAGAGAUUGUAAAACUAAUCCAUAUGAAUUGAGCGGUUUCCAAAUUUUCUGAAGAGACACAUUCGCUUUAUAUGCUGAACAGAUUGAAUUUAGGCUUUUAUUCACUUGUAAACAUUGAUCAACUCACACAUCAGUUGUGGUAAGCGGGAGAUCAAGCACGUUUGAGCUUCAGCAAGAGGUUUGUUCUCGCACGUUAUUCAGGUUCGGUUGAGCUUCUGUUUAUGUUCGGUGAUCAAUGAUUACAUGUGAAAUAAAGCCCAAAUUCAAUCUGUUCAUCAUAUAAAGUGAUCGUGUCUCUUCAGAAAAUUUGGACUAAACCGCUCAAUUCAUAUGGAUUAGUUUUACGAUCUCUUUAUGAACUUUUUGAAGUGUCAAAGUAGUAGUCGCAUAGCUGUCUAUGGAGGGACAGAAACCUCUCAGAUUUCAUUACAAAAAUCUUCAUUUGUUUUCCAAAGAUGAACUAAAGUCUUACGGGUAGGGCCGUGACGAUAACCGCAUUACCGCAAUACCGCAGUAAUGAGAUGCCUACCGCGGUGUUGAGGCCAUCACCGUCAUCACCGCACGUUUCUAUGGUAACCAAGAGCUCCUGCACUCAUCAGAUUUAUGCGGCUGCAGCUUGUUUGUGGUAAUGGCGAAAAGAAUGAUUUGUUGAACAUCCGUGAAAAUUUUAAAGUAUGUAAAAUAGUGACUGGACUUAAACGUAUCCUUUUAUUAAAACUGAAGCUCUGCUUUGCCAAGAGACAUUUCGAAACAUUUCACCGGUUACUUUCGCUUUUGCUGCGAAACUGUCUUAAUUUAUUCCAUUAUUUCUCUUGUGGCCCGUAAAUAUAGUGAAACAAAUGAGAAGAAUAGUAUUUCAUGUUAAACAGGUUGUUUUUUUAAAGUCGGUGCUUGAAGUAAAGCUGCUCUUAAUUUUCAUUGAUGACUGCAGUGUUAGGAAAUAUUAUACACUGUUAAUAAUUUUAAUUAUAGGCCUAUAAUUCAUUGUAUAAUAGACCUAAAAAAUGUUUAGGCUAUUAGCUCCUCUUAGAAAAUAUGUAAUCUUUUAUUAUCCUCACAGCACGUCAGUUAUGCGGUGAUGCGCUAUGAAAUUAUUGCAGGGCAAAUUUAUUAUAAUAUUAAGCGGUUAACCGCCAAACCGCGUGAUUUGUUGCUUAUUCACCGCGGUAAGAAAAAAUCUCAUACCGUCACAGCCAUACUUACGGGUUUUGGAACAACAUGAGGGUGAGUAAAUGAUGACAGAAUUUUCAUUUAUAUGGUGAUUGAUACAUUUUGAUUAAUUCUAAUCAUUAUAUUUUUAUGCAGUACACUAUAAUCUUUACUCUCUAUGUACAAAUCUUGUACAAACAUAUCUGUCAUUUAUUGUAUACAGUAUAUCACAGCAUUCAGUGGUCAGAUAUUUCCUAAUAUUCACCAUCUUGCGUCUCAGUUAUUGACUGUAGUGAUACUGACCUCAGAGGUUUUCACUGUUAAUAUUACUCUAAUGUAGUAGCGUUCUUCUCUGCUACUGAUCACCCUGUCAUCAUUUAUUUUGUAAUAAAAAACAGCUGAACGUAUAGUAAUCCUUAUUUACAUUAUAUAUGGAGCCCCUAAAGGGACAUGGUGGUGGGAAAAUAUAUGAGACAGGAGGAAAAAAUAUAUUUCAAAACUUUUUGCGUUCCUCCGAGAAACUGCAUUCUGUCGCAAAGAACUUAAAAGCUUUACGAGGGAACACAAAGUUUCUCGGGGGAACGCAAAACAUUUGGGAGAGAAUGCAAAAGCAUUGACACAUUUUCUUUUUUUAAUAUAUAUUUUAAAAUGUAAUUUAUUCCUGUGAUGGCAAAGCUGAAUUUUCAGCAUCAUUACUCCAGUCUUCAGUGUCACAUGAUCCUUCAGAAAUCAUUCUAAUAUGCUGAUUUGCUGCUCAAGAAACAUUUCUUAUUAUUAUCAAUAUUGAAAACAGUUGUGCUGCUUAAUAUGUUUUUGUGGAAACCAUGAUAUAUUUUUCAGGGUUAUUUGAUGAAUAGAAAGUUUAAAAGAACAGCACUUAUUUGAAAUAGGAAUCUUUGUAACAUAAUACAUUUCUUUACUGUCACUUUGCUGAAUAAAAGUAUUAAUUUCUUUAAAUAGUACUGACCCCAGAUGCUUGAACUGUAAUUUAUAGGUUCCAAUUAUAGUGCAGUGGAUUAAUUAAUAGUAUAUUGUUCAUUAAAUUGGGUGACCAGAAGAGCACAGUGCCUGUUGUCCCUUUCACAUUAUGUUGUGAGAGCAGAGUAGAAAGAAAAGGCCAAGUACCCAUAAUCCAGCACUUGAUAGAACAAAAAAGAGCUCUUGUCAAAAGAGUUCUUAUUAUAUCAGUGUCACAUUAAAAUUUCUAAGCAUUAAAGUGGUUUACUAAAGGAUGAAAACAGAGCAUGACAGGAAAUUUACACUCCAGUCUAUCAAAGUAACGGAUCAGGAUUAUUUGUAGUGCAAACUCUGUCUUGGCCAGAUCUAUGGUGCAUUUAGCAGUCUUAUAAACAGACACGAUUGCAGCAAAAAUGUCUCCCAAAGUUGUUAUUGAUGCAUUGUGUUUUUUUUGUUUGUUUGUUUUUGACCUACCUGGACUUAAUAUUGUGCGAAAUUGUUAACAUUCUAAUAUCUAAAUAGUUUUAUGGCUUUCAUUUUUUUGUUGCAACUUGUUUAAUUAGAUCACAUGACUGUGACUUUAGUUUUUCUACUAUUAGUCUCAUUGUAAUAAAUUUACUGAAUGCAA